AUGGUAAAUUUACUACCAAGCAUUUUUUCUGUCUUAAUAACGACGGAAUUUAUUCUGGGAAAUUUUGCCAAUGGCAUCAUAGCACUGGUGAAUUGCAUUGACUGGGUCAAGAGACAUAAGAUGUCCUCAGCUGAUCAAAUUCUCACUGCUCUGGCGGUCUCCAGAAUUGUUUUGCUCUGGGUACUAUUAAUGAAUUGGUAUACAGUUGUGCUCCAUCCGGGUUUAUAUAGUUUGGAAGUAAGAAUUUUUGUUCGUAUUGCCUUGACAGUAAGCAACCAUUUUAACAUCUGGUUUGCUGCUAGCCUCAGCAUAUUUUAUUUGCUCAAGGUAGCUAAUUUCUCUAGCUUUAUAUUUCUUUACCUAAAGCGGAGAGUUAAAAGUGUACUUCUCAUAAUACUGUUGGGGACUCUGGUCUUUUUGGUUCCUCAUCUUGCAAUUCUAUGCAUAUAUGAGAAUAUUCAGACUAAUGAGUAUGAAAGAAACAUCACUCAGAAGACCAAAUUGAGGGACAUUUUUCACUUCUCAUAUAUGAAUCUAUUCAUGCUAGUAAACUUCACACCAUUUUCUAUGUCGCUGACAUCUUUUCUGCUGUUAAUCAUUUCCCUGUGGAAUCAUCUCAAGAAGAUGCAGCUCAGUGGCAAAGGAUCCCAAGAUAUCAGCACCAAGGUCCACAUAAGAGCCAUGCAAACUGUGGUCUCCUUUCUCUUCUUGUAUGUCAGUUACUUCCUAGCUCUGGUUACUUUAGUUGAGAGUUAUAAUAGGCUGCAUAAUACACUGCUUGUCAUGCUUUCUGAGGCUCUUGCAAUGCUCUAUCCUUUAAGCCACUCAUUUAUCCUGAUUUGGGGAAACAAGAAGCUAAGACAGGCCUUGAAAACCAUAAGAAAGAUGAUAAGAUUCCCAUACCAUUAG